GGCCCUAAGACAUAUAAAUCCUCUUUUGUCUCUUCUGAAACCAUUGUGACCUUUACCAUCCCUCCCUAUCUCUACAAGUCCAGCCUCAUCAGUAUGAAGAAAGUUCCUCACCUCGAGAUCUCCCCGCCGAGCUUCGCCCGUCCUGUAACCCCUGGUUGCCCUACGGACAGCGGCGUUGAGAUAAACCAAUUGGCCCCAUGGGCUACACAACCAAGCCAUGACUCCAUUCCUCCUGCACCACGCUCAGCAAAUGCCCUCUCCCGAACAAGCUCUCUCAACUCGACCAACUUCAAUGCACCUCCCGGCGCACAGUGGCGUAUUCCCCCAGGCUCGUAUAUUGCGUUCGGGCUGGACACUCUUACUGUGGCCGCUCAAUUCCCUGAGGAUUCUGAAGCGUACGAAGUUAUCAGCACAUUCCCGACGGGCAAGUAUGUAGGAUGCGUCGUGACUUCGUAUACACAUACAGGACAGGAAUGGUCCGAUGGGUGUGACGAUGGACCUAUUGAGGAACUUGCUGUUCACUUCGUUGGUGCCACUCCGCCGCAAGAAGACGAAAUGGCUGACUUCUGGAUGCCCAUUUCUCCUGCGUCCGACAACGAAACUACUACUAGAGGAGCACCGCUGAAGACCAAAACGUUGUUUCCGUGGAAAGACAAAUUCCAAUGGACCACCGCGGGAACCAGGCUUGCUGUGAAGACGGUACACGAAUCAUCGCUGAAGUUCAUUCUGGAGGACGAGGAGUUUGGGAGGCUUGAAGAGCAGAUGACUCAUGAUUACCCCGCUCUGGCUGAUACUGCGUCUGAACGUAUGCCUGUUGACGAUGAUGGCGAGUUUGAGAAUGUUCGGCCGAGCUUUGAGAGACUGAAGGUCCCGAUGUAUGCUCUGCCUGCUGUCGUUUGGAGGGAUGUACGGGAGGCUAAUCGUAGAGAUGAUCCUACUAAGUUUCUGGACGAGGUAGAAGAAUUGAAUCGCUUGGUAUGCCAAUACUCCACUCCAGAGUUUGAAUAUACAAUGUCAGAUGAUAUGACUCUGGUCGACGAUUACAUGGAUACAGAUGUAGACGAAUGAGCUCCAGCUACCAAUGGAAAGGCCAUACAGUAGAAUUCGACGAGAAAUAGCAUAUACAGUGUCGCUUAUCCGA